UGCCGGCGAGCCGAGCUGGCGGAUUGCAGCGGAAAAGCAAAGAUGUCACAGUGGAUCCUUUGCCUCCAGGACCCAUGAAGGGGAGAAUAAGAUCUUUGGCUGGUUGGAACUAGCCUAAGACUGUCAGGCAGCCAUGGAUCUGGCAUAUGAACUACUCAAUGGAACCCAACCUUGGCUUUCCUCUCCAUUCGACCUCAAUGGCUCUGUGGCUACAGCCAACAUUUCAAACCAAACAGAGCCAUACUAUGACCUGACCAGCAAUGCAGUCCUCACCUUCAUAUAUUUUGUGGUCUGCAUCGUUGGGUUGUGUGGCAACACACUUGUCAUUUAUGUCAUCCUCCGCUAUGCCAAGAUGAAGACCAUCACCAACAUUUACAUCCUCAACCUGGCCAUCGCAGACGAACUCUUCAUGCUGGGUCUGCCCUUCCUGGCCAUGCAGGUGGCUCUGGUCCACUGGCCCUUUGGCAAGGCCAUCUGCCGGGUGGUCAUGACUGUGGAUGGCAUCAAUCAGUUCACCAGCAUCUUCUGCUUGACAGUCAUGAGCAUUGACCGAUACCUGGCUGUGGUCCACCCCAUCAAGUCGGCCAAGUGGAGGAGGCCCCGGACAGCCAAGAUGAUCAACGUGGCUGUGUGGGGGGUCUCUCUGCUGGUCAUCUUGCCUAUCAUGAUAUAUGCUGGCCUUCGGAGCAACCAAUGGGGGAGAAGCAGCUGCACCAUCAACUGGCCAGGCGAAUCUGGGGCAUGGUACACAGGCUUCAUCAUCUACGCCUUCAUCUUGGGGUUCCUGGUGCCCCUCACCAUCAUCUGUCUUUGCUACCUGUUCAUUAUCAUCAAGGUGAAGUCCUCUGGAAUCCGAGUGGGUUCCUCCAAGAGGAAAAAGUCUGAGAAGAAGGUCACCCGGAUGGUGUCCAUUGUGGUGGCUGUCUUCAUUUUCUGCUGGCUCCCCUUCUACAUCUUCAAUGUCUCUUCAGUGUCUGUGGCCAUCAGUCCCACCCCGGCCCUCAAGGGCAUGUUUGACUUUGUGGUGGUCCUCACCUAUGCUAACAGCUGUGCCAACCCUAUCCUGUAUGCCUUCUUGUCUGACAACUUCAAGAAGAGCUUCCAGAAUGUCCUCUGCCUGGUCAAGGUGAGCGGCACAGACGACGGGGAACGAAGUGACAGUAAGCAGGACAAAUCCCGGCUGAAUGAGACCACGGAGACCCAGAGGACCCUCCUCAAUGGAGACCUCCAGACCAGUAUCUGAACUGCCUGAAAAAUCAAUCAAUCAAACGCCAAGCUCUGCCAACCGGCCAUGUGCUCCCCACCCCACCCCCUUUCCCUCCCUCACCCAUCACCUGGCUUCUAGAAUACGGAAUUGCUCAGCAUGAGUCCACUUCAGAGAAUGGCAUUUGAGUCGGUUUGUCUGAGUGAAUGAUAAUGUAUUAAAUUGAUUACCUC